AUGAGGCGCUAUCAGCAUCUUCGUGAUGUGCACCCGAGGCCCUACACUAAUGGCCACGAGAGAGGGUGUGAGGUGGGCCUAGCCGGAGGGUGCCAGCGCGAUGGAGGGCACCAGUGUAGCGGCAGCGCACAAAGUAGCUGUCGGAGUAGCGGCGGUAGCGAGGAUGAAGCAAGAAGGCGGUGCGACGCUGCGAUGGUCGCGGCCGCUCCUACACCCCGCCGCGCCUUGGACACCUCGAAGAGAGCUGAAAAUCCUCGUGGGGUCACCGGCGCUCUUCUCUCACCCCAUGUGAGCUUCUCCCCGAUCUCCUUUCACUCUGCGCAGGCCUCCGCGAUUACAUAUGGAGCCGCAGAGACGACCAAAGCAACCGUGUCGUCUGCCUCGGCGCCUAAAGCCUUCUACGACGGGCCCUCCUUGCGCGACAGCAUCCCGGCGCUGUUGGCGCGCCUUACCAACCCGGUAACGCUGUCGCCGUCACGCGCCCCCAAAAGCACGCGCUUGUUCGAGCUGGCAGCGAAGGAGGACACGUUGAAGCGAGACGUCGCAUCCCUGCCGGCGCACCCGAUAGUUGUACCACGCUGGAGUAGCUCUAGGCAAUCCGAUGUGUCGGGUGGUGCCGUUGCCACUGCCACUGCCACUGCCGGGCAAAGGAAAGCGAUGAAGGCCGAGGCAUCAAAUCGUUCCUUGGGGUCGUCGUCGGAUGAAAUCCUACAAGGCACCACACCCCCGAAGCAGACUCAAGUGGGUCGCUACGAAGUGCGACAACCGAACGCGAAGGGCACGAUGAAUCGGGGCAUGAUUGCCCGCGCCGAGGUACAGAGCGCUUACACAGACGCGCCGCCGUCAGCGGCGACCGUGUUUUCCGAAAACACGAAGCAGCGUCCCAUGCCAACGCCCCCGGCGAGGUACGUAGUAGUGCAGCGGUCCGCCACCUCCCACGUCUUGCCGCAUGCAUCAGAGGCGGCAACAAGGAGGAACGCAGCCACUGUAGCUCCCGAAUCAGCAGCUCGGCAUUCCGCUGAGUUGACGCCACGCUGUUGCUCUGUUGCCUCCCCCCAUGGCAUCGCAGAGGGGACGGGUGAUGUGUGCAGCUCCAGUGUAGCAAGUACCAACACCAGUUUAAGUCGUCCUGCGAGUCGACGACCGCGCGCCUGGACUCGCCGAAGAAGGCCAAGCCGCUCCGAUAGUGCCGAAGCUGUCGCUGAACGGAAACGUGAGAUCGGUCCCGUAGCUGCUGCAGUCGCCGCCACGCGCGAGCCCCUUCUUGAAGCCAGCAAGGAGGCUCUGGGCACUGCGUCUGACCAGGCGCCGCCGCCGCGAAUCAUGCCAUCGUCCUCGAUGAACUCGGCAAGCGACGUCACCCAGAAGCGCGCCUCGCCGUCCCAAAUUCGCGGCCUCUUCGACUUUGUCCUAAGCAACAGCGGUAACAGCGGCGCCGGAGUCGAGCACACCUCACUUAACACUUCCGGUGAGUGGGCAAAGACGUCUCCCGAGUGCGCGGACGGAGUGUCCUCCCAUGCUGCAGACCUUCCCCCGCGCGAGCAGAGACGCUCGCACACUAUUGCGUCGCCGUUUUUGCUGCUGAAGCCGAUGGGGGGUGUUUUUGCGCCGUCGCACGGCGCCUUGUACCGGGAUGAGAGCGUCGCGCCUGUGGACUCGUUGGUGUUGCGGCACACCAUCGACUACCUCCUCUCGAAGGCUCGCCGCCUGGAGAAGGAGAACCAACACUUGUGGUGGCAGGUGCACAGCUGGAAUCCACAUAGAGCCCUUGAACCUCACGAGGCUCACCCUGUCGCUGUUCCUCUGGCCCACCGGCGUGUGCGCAAUUCCUCCUUGGCGGCAGAAGCGGUGACUCGUACCCCCCACACCAUCCCUUUCCGAACAGUAGCCUCCACUCAGAUCCAGCACCCACCUGAGUCUCAGUCGCGCGUGUUCGUGAAGCGGCAGCCGCGUCUUUCGCAAGCGGUUGGUCGCUCCGCGUCCUGCACCUCGACGUCCUUCCUGUCGCAAGAGAGCCCCCGAUGCAGCGGCAGUGGCGAAGGAGAUGGCGCAGCAGAAGAACACGCCAGUGCAAAUCCAGGCGCUCCCCUGUGCACCGCGGCAGCAGACACACCAAUUCCACCGAGCACCGAGUCAGCUGAAACAACAGCGACAUCGGCCGUGUCGCGCACCGAAGUGGGAGUUCAGUGCCGCCCAGCCGCGCGAGAUGCGGCGACAGACGCAAGAGCGCAUCGAUCGCCAGGGCACUUGCGGCUAGCCAGCAUGGCAGAGGCACCUGGUCCUGCGACGGAAGCGCUGCGAUCUGUGUCCUCCUCGCCACAUGCCGACGCAAGUGCGCAGACAGAGCUCGUUGCACCGUCACCGUCAGCACUUCUCCGGACGCUGGAAGCGCGCCAUCAAGCACUGCAUCACAGGUGGCAAGGAACGGCCAAUGGGGACGGCAGAGGCGUCGCUGCGGCCACCCCGAUAACAUCGACAGCGCGAAGCCGUCACAGCAUCGACAGUGAGUGUUCUCUGAGUGCGAUGGCAACAGACGCCACGCCGCUGCUGUCAUUCUCGGUGCAGAGGCAGCAGGGUCGAAGCAUCAGCAACUGUAGCAGUCCUGCGCACGUGAGGGGAACAAGUCAGGCAAGCGCAUCGUCCGCGCCACGUGGUCGUUACCCGACUUACAGUAAACAGGUCCAGACAGCGAGAACCCAAUUGCCCUCCUUGGGCGAGGUAGAGGAUGUGGGAGGAAGGGGCGGUGGCGGCGAUGCCUUGAUGGUCUCGGCAGUGGAUCGCACUGCGUCGGUGCUGUCCUCGGAGAGGACCGCGGUGAUUGAGCUGCACACGUCGGCCUCCUACACACGGAACACCGUGCGCCGUUUGCGAGAGUACUGCAACUCUCUGGAGGCGACCCGCCAGCAGCUGCGGCGGCGCCUAUCGAAAAGUGUGACUAACACCCACGAUGUCUCGCCAGUAGCGCUGCCACGCGCGCGAUCGCCGUCAAGCCUUUCGCACUCGAACGGCCGGGCUCCGCUCCACCCGCCAGCCACCGCAACCUCCACCCUCAGCCGUCCCUUCUUCAUCUCUGAGUAUGUGGACCCGGAGGUCGACGCCACUCUGCAGGACGUUGAAGAAACGACUGCCCUGGAGACUAUGAUCGUGUUGCAUGAGGAUGGCGCCGGCACCAUAACAAAGCGCAUGAUCGACGGUUCCCAGUCGUGCAUCUCGAGCUUCGCGGUGCACUCCCCUUCACCCAAAUCACAGCGCCUGCCAGCCACAAUGACAUCCUCGCUGGCCAGCCAGUCUCAGACCCCGGUCGCUGAGAGAGUCGCAUCGUGGGUUCGCCGGUACUCACCACGGGCCCCGCGUCGCAUGAAACCGCAGCAACUCCUUUCGCACUACCUGCGGGACACUCAUGAUACCGCGGUCAUCGCGGAGGAGCCGUACGCGCGCCGGCACAGCCCCUCUCUGCGUACCGACGGCAGCAGCUCCUGCUGUGUGCCGGUGGUGCAGUUGGGCAAGCCCAUGCGAUCCGCCUCCGCCAGCUCAUGGAACGCCUCCGACGUCAACAUCCACUUCCCGGAUGCCGUACCGCUCGCCUCGUCUCUCUCCAAGUCGCCACCGAAGGAAUCUCCGUCCAUCGAACGCUUUGUCGUGCAGCCCACCACGCUGUUCGAGGAGGGUGAUGCGGAGCAGCUACCCCCACAGCCACUGCCACCGCGGACGCACAACCACCAGACAAAGGCAGGAGCAUCGGCGUUGGUCUCCCUAGCAGGGUGCACUGCAUCUGGGCAGUUUGCCGGACUGCAGACUGGCGUCACUAGCAGCACAAGAAGAGCAAGCGGCAGGGUCAACUCUCAGCGCUUUGCAGUGAAGGGAGUUCGCGAGUCCUUGUCGCCGAAGGAGCACAGCACGCGCAGCCUAAGCAAGAGCAGCCGCAGCAGUGCCGGCCCUGAGGCACUUAUUUCAGGAAAGGAGACCACCUCUUCCGCUUCGGCCGCCGCAGCCUCAGCACCUCUGUGGGACCCCACGCGCCACUCAUUGCAAAGCCCAAGCCCAGUCAUGCUCUCGACUUCUACCGAAACGUCCGCAGCCGCUGCACUGGUGGUAAGCGACCGCUUCGGCAUGCCGGUCAUUACGUCCGGCAGCGAGGCGGGAGUGCGUGGCGCAUCGAAUGACAGGGUGCACUGCUCACGGCCCAUAGCCACAUCACUCAUCACCGCUGUGGCCAGCGCGAGCCUUUCUUCUCUGAGUGCACCAGCGCCAGACAGCGAGGUGCCCCUCACACCGGCUGAGACACCAGUGCAGCCGCAGAUCCGCAGUCCCCUGCGCCGCCUACACCUCGAAGCGCACACCGUCCGCUGCGACCACGGCGACCCCAGCAACCAACGCGCUCUUUACAAAGACAGCCUCCACGUCAGUGGGUCUGCCUCGCCGGCGCCGAGCACACCGCGAGACCCUGAGGAAGACAGCGGUGACCGAUGCAAGCGGAGCAACACUAGGGCAUUCCUGGACGAGGAGAAACGAGAAGCGUCAGCAGUGUCGUCUGCGGGGGCAUGUCGCGUGUCGGUGCAACUACCAGUGCUUGAGAACGACGUGGUGUCACCGGAUGGGGCCGACAGCUUCCAUUCCAGAGAUGCUGCGGUGUCGCCGCGUAGCAGCGCCGAGAGGGUCGUGAACUUCCUUUUGCCAGCCCAGGUGGAGGGGUCGCUACUACUGCAGUCGCAGCGCCCCACCCCCCAACGGCUUAUCUCACCCUCUCCUCCUCGAGAGGCAGCCGCGGACGAGAAUGCGCAGAAUCCUGGUGAUAGCAAUACGGACUUGAAGGCAAUCCCUGCGGAAUCAAUACCGAAGGAUGCGGGCAUCGACUCUACGUCGCCGCGACGCCACCUUGUGGUGCCGCAGCACCGCCCACCGGUCGCCCCGCCUCGCGUCAUCGUCAUCCCAAAGAACGACGAGUCUCCUUCUCCCGAGCACAGCAGCCUGUCACGCAGCCUGCACUCUCUUCCCUCAACCCUCUCAGACGAGCAUUGCGAUGAUGCUUCUGAUGACGGAGAUGACGAAGGCGGGGCACUCUGGUACUCAGAACGGUUUUGA